GAGAAAUUGUAAUUACAGUGAACAACUCGUUGCUGUAUUCAUAGUGACUGCAUACCGCGCAGAUAUUUAACGUGACGUAUCAUUCUGUGAAAAAUUGCUUGAUCAAUCGAAAAUCUAAAGAAAAAUUUGAGCGAUCCUUUUCCCAUAAAACAUGGCGGAUGUUGAUAAAACAAUUAAGAAUAUUUCUACGGACACUCAUAGUAAUUUAGAAAAUUGCAGCAAAGAAGAAUAUUUAAAAAAAUUACAUGCCGUGAUUAACGAUAUAAAAUUCCCGGACGAUUUCGAUACUUGGACCGCGGAAGAACAGUGUGAUUGGAAAUGUCAGGUUAUAAAGGAAAUUGUCCCAAACGUGCCCAAGUCCUUGCAAAGCAUGAUAUCGGCCAACUUUUACCCAAUAGAGUUUCAUCGAAAUCAGAAAAAAUUACCCGAAUGGAUGGAUAUUGAUAAAUUUCGUAGAGCACAAAAGUUUGUGAGCGAUCAUUAUUUCUCGAUAGUCUUAAACCAUUUAUUGAGCAUUUUGCGCUCUCUUACUUUCAACGAUGGUCUAAAAGCGUUCAUCUUAGGAGAAAAUGUCCAUACGCCGUAUUUAGCAUUCAGAAGGUAUUUAAGUACUAUGAAACGGAUGCUCGCCUGGUACGAAGGAGACCCUUGGGUUAAAGGUACAAAGGCUUACAGGGAGAUACAAAUUACACAUGGAAAACAUAUCGCGAUAAGCAAAAAGCUGGCGUCAAUGAAUCACGAGGCAAUAGACAACCUAAAAAUUGAGAAUCCAUGGUGUCCGGAGCGCGAAUUGCUUUUGAAGGAUUUCGCCGCGACGUGCCCGUUCGAAAAGCUCGAUGAACGUCUUCACGAAUUGAUCAAAUAUUUUCCGUUCAGAUCUAAAAGCAUCAAUAACGCGGAUAUGGCGGUUAUUCAGGGCACUUUUAUGAUUGCGCCCAUUUUGUAUCCGCAGAAUAUCGGACUGCACGGCAUAACUGAUGAAGAUCUAGACGCUUUUUGCCACAUGUGGAGAUGCUACGGAUAUUUCCUCGGCAUAGAAGACAAGUACAACUUUUGCCAUGGCAGCUUUGAGGAGAUAAAACAGCGUACAUGGGAUUUAACUCAUAGCUGGCUAAUACCAAAUUUUAAAAAUAUUGAAGCAAACUCUUUGCACGUAAUAAGAUGUGCCAUCGAAUCUAUAAAUUACUUUCCUUUGCCAUAUAUUCCGGCUAAAACAUUGAUACUACUAUUAUUAGAAGCUUUAAAUCUAAAUAUGCCUAAUUUGUAUGCAUCGCUUAGUUACGGAGAAUGGAUCGCUUAUAAAAUUUAUACAUUUAUAUUACGUCAUAUUAUGAAAUUCUCGAUAAUGAGAACAUUUACUAAACAAUUAUUAGUCAAGGUAUUUGAAGCAGCGUCAAAUUUUGGGCCGGAAAUGUUGACGGAGCUGCAACAGAAGUCAAAACAACAAGUACCUGAUUCUUUUGUCCAUUUCUAAUGCAUAUAUUCAAGGUUGGUCAAAUUCACUUUCCAAAUUCACUGAACCGAUUAGGAAAUUCGGAAAGAUAUAAUUUUAGUUAAGUUGAGUAUAAAAUGAAAAGCCGCAUGAUAAGAGAAAUAAACAUAAAUCGCAGCUUGUGCAUUAAUGCGUCGAUUAAAAAGAUAAUGAUUAAAAAGAAAUAAAUGGAUGUAUCUCGGAAGAAUGCAUAAUUCUUUUCUCUUUUCCUUCGCAAAGUCUCGUUUUAUUAAUAAAGUAAAUGAAAACGAAAUUUUGCAAGAGGAAAGGUCGUCUCAGAAUUCAACUAGGAGACGACCUUUCAAGGACAAACGAUUAUUCAAUAUGGACGUAUCUUUUGAAAGGAUCGCUUACCUAAUAUCUGCAGUGGAAUUGAUAUUUACAAACGAGGGUAAUUUUCUGUGUGAACUGUGUCCAUCGUUUAAAUAAUAUCUGUCUUUGUCGAGAUAAUACAAUUAUUUAAACGGAACAUAAACUCUUUUAUUCUUUCUAAAAUAAUAAUAUUUUUAUGUUUAACAAGCUGCGAUUUAUGUUUAUUUCUCUUAUCAUGCGGCUUUUCAUUUUAUACUCAACUUAACUAAAAUGAUAUCUUUCCGAAUUUCCUAAUCGGUUCAGUCAGCGUUACAUCAUUGUUAUAGUGCUGGUGAUAACACGUUACGCUUAACCACUGAUUACAGUCGAUAAGCGUAAUGAGUAAGCCUAAUCCACACUACACACGCAGCACGAUGUGUAACGCCCACGCUGAUAGUACGCUGCGUUACCCCUGACUGUCCUGUGCAUCGAAUCCGUAAUAAGCCUAUUAUUUUUCAUUGCAAUUAAAAAGCGAAGCGUUUGCCAAAAAUUUGCAAGAUGUAAAGUCCGAGAAUUUGACUUGGAAUGUGACCUUUCCAUCUGAAUUGGUCGUUUUAUUCUUUGGAAAAAAUUCGUAGAACGCAACACCUUUCUGAUCCUACCAAAUUGAGAGCACGACCUUGCUCGAGCGAAGCUCUGCCUUCAAAAUGCUUUUUGGCGGUUCGCCGAGCUGGCCCCCCCGCCCCCUCCGCAAUCUUUUGCUCUUUUUCAUCGCCUAUCACCAUUCCUUUCAGAAAUGGAUCGUUUUCUAAGUGCAUUGCUGAUGGAAAUGCGUUCAAUUAGAUAAGCUUCGUUCGGUGCGAAAUCCAAACAUCGAGUCGACUAACGUAGCCAAGUUGACGCAAAUUGUUUUCCAUACUCGAUUUCGAUAUUCGGAGAACGUCUGCGAUCUUCCGCGUCGUGUAGCGUGAAUUGGGGUAUCGAUUAACACCUUCACUUUGUCGCUGUCGAUCUUAACUGGACGGCCUGAGCGUCUUGGACAGAAAAAUCUCUGGAAUUAAAUCUCACAAACCACUUCCGGCAGCACACGCGAUCUUUCAUGGUAUUUUACAGAGAUUUGCGCCGCGUUUUCGUCUCUUUUUAAAAUAAGAAAAGCAUGAUCUGCUGAAAAUGCUCAUUUCGGUUAUUCAACUUUCAAACGACGCCGACCACACAAAACACAACCAAUCUUCACGCAGUUCUUUUUUUAAAUAUACGUUGAAGUGUCAUCUGUCAAUGAUUAUGCACUUCCAAGAUUUAGACUGAAGAUAGAACUUUUACAUCUAAGGUCAUUCAUCGGCAAAAACCGGAAUUAUUGGCCAAACCAAUGAAAUACACAGCCGACGCUGUGGCUGUG